AGUAUGGCUUCGAUUUUACCACCAUCCAAUAAAUCCAUGAGGUCUGACAGAAAUGCAUAUGUUGGGAAAAGGUUUGUUCAUGUUAAAAAUCCUUACCUGGAUUCUAUGGAUGAAGACAUUCUCUAUCACUUUGCUUUAGGAACAAAAACACACAACUUACCAGCGAUGUUUGGGGAUGUAAAGUUUGUCUGUGUUGGUGGAAGCCCUAACAGAAUGAAAGCAUUUGCAUUGUUUAUACACAAGGAGCUUGGAUAUGAGGAGAGUGGAGAAGAAAUAAAAGACAUCUGUGCUGAGACUGACAGAUAUUGUAUGUACAAAAUUGGUCCUGUGCUCUCCAUCAGUCAUGGCAUGGGCGUCCCCUCCAUUUCUAUUAUGCUUCAUGAACUCAUCAAAUUACUUUACCAUGCUCGGUGCUGUGAUGUUACCAUUAUCCGAAUUGGUACAUCUGGGGGAAUAGGGAUUGAUCCGGGAUCUGUUGUCAUAACAGACACCGCCGUAGACUCCUUCUUUAAGCCCCGGUUUGAACAGGUAAUCUUGGACAACAUUGUCACCCGAAGUACUGAACUUGACAAGGACCUGGCUGAGGAGCUACUCAACUGUAGCAAAGAAAUCCCCAACUUCCCAACCCUUAUUGGACAUACAAUGUGUACUGAUGAUUUUUAUGAAGGCCAGGGUCGAUUAGAUGGAGCACUGUGUUCCUUCUCCAGAGAAAAAAAAGUAGAUUACUUGCAGAGGGCAUAUAAAGCCGGUGUCAGGAAUAUUGAAAUGGAAUCGACUGUGUUUGCGGCCAUGUGUGGACUUUGUGAUCUAAAAGCUGCUGUGGUCUGUGUGACACUUCUCGACAGACUUGAAUGUGACCAGAUUACCAUGCCCCAUGAUGUUCUGGUAGAGUACCAGAAACGACCUCAGCUCCUGAUCUCCAAAUUCAUCAAGCAACAGCUUGGACUCUCAGAACACAGGACCACUUUCCAGACUGACUCCAACCAUCCACCACCGGCUGAUUCCUCCCUAGUCGUUCCCUCAGGGAAGGAUGUCUAUAUCAUCCUCAAUAGCACGGUAACAAGAGGAGAGAAAGAUUUCAUCUGGAGGGCGGCAGAAGCAUAUGCUGAUGAUAUCCAUGACCAAGCCCCUACCCGCUACCCUAUAGCACAGGAAGCAGUCCCCCGAACUGAUCCAGGGUGGGAUUAUCAGACUCCAGAUGAUGGACCCGCCAAACUAGAACAUAUGAUCUCCUGCCUAGCAAAUGUACUGGACCUAAAAGAUGCUUUCUUUUCCAUUCUUAUAUCACCUGAGUCUGAACCCCUAUUUGCCUUUACCUGGACAGACCCUGACACCUAUAUAAGUCAACAGAUGACCUGGACUAUAUUAGCCCAAGGUUUUCGGGACAGCCCCCAUUAUUUUGGCCAAGCCCUCCAAAAGGACUUAUAG